CCUCACAAUGCAUAUGCUCUGAGCUCAGUACAUAAAGUCAAACAUUCAGGAAUGCCUCCUACUGCAACUCAUUUCCCCUCAAGCACCCAAAACGCCCCUACAACUCUGCCUCACAGAUGAUACCUGCCAACCACAAAACUUCGAAUCACAUAAAACCAGCACUCCUAGAUUUAUCACCAGAAGAUAGCACUGAAAAAGGUCCAGAAUCCACCAAAUCAUCUGCUGGGAAAGGGGAGGCGCCAGAAAACACAGCAGUAGAUGACUCUACCUCCAAUGUAUGGAGGGUAUUGGAUUAUUUAUCCAAACCACACAAGAAUUACAUGGAAUUCCACGGUGUGAGAGCGCGAGAAUUCGGUUUAGUAGAACAAACAUUGGACGAAACGGCCCAAGUAUUAAUCAAGCCCAGGCUGACUUACGAUCGCAACACUCGUAUCCUCAUCAUUGACAUACCUACUAUUCUCCAUGAAGCAUCAUUUGAUGAUGUGAGCGAUUUCAUUGGCGAUUCUAUCAAGGCUCUCCCGUAUGAUCGCACCAUUAUCUCCCCCAAGAUUCAUAUGAUGCAGUCGCUCGACACACCGGACGGAGUAGUAACUCCUGAUAUGACCAUUUCCGUCACCGCUUUGGAGGGCCCAACGGAAGUCGUUCUGAUCCCCUUCUUUGGGGAGUGCGCCCUCACAGAGACUGACGAACAAGUGUUUAGAAAGACGGAGAAAGUGAUCUUAGCACAUCCGGAUACCAUCUGCGUGAUGGUUGUAUUAGCACGCGAAGCUACAGACUACGACGCCCCCGGGAAAGAUUCCACCGCAUCAAAAGUCCUGCGUGGCGGCACCAAUGGUAACCCGCAACCCCUCACUCUCAAAGAGUUUAUCAACCUACGCACCACGCCACGUUCGUUCGGUGAACCCAUUGUGAUCGGCGAUCACACUUGGGGCCACCUCUCUUCGGUGGAAUAUUUCAUUUGGGUGAAGGGAAAUGAUGGGCCGAUAGACAUUCGUUCCGAAGACCCUGCGCACAUGGCAUACGGUACCUUAGGGCCCACGUUAGACAUGGACGCCGUCACGGGGAUGCUCGAACGAGGGUUGACUAAGAUGAAAGAUUCUUUUGUCACUUUUCAGAAGCAGAUUGUCCCUGACCUCGACUGCACCGUUCUUGCGGAAGCCCGUGCCACAUCAUUCACUGACUGGUGUGGUGCGUCGAAACGAAUCAUGUCCGCUCCGGAUUUCACUGCCUACGAGCGCUAUCUUGCUUGGCACAAGUCGUUUUUCGACACGACUUCGGACAGUGACGAUGCAACUUCUCAGCGUAAGCGUGCGAGCACGUCCAAGCUUCCUUCGUCUAGGUUCAAAAUUCCGAAGGCAACAUCCGAUUGAACGCAUCCAAGUCAUGUCAGGCAUUUUGAAUCUCGGCUAGAGCGACUCACGUUAUACAGAUACUCAUAGUCGCAUUGUAGUACAUACGAAUCGAUUAUGUUAGCUG